AAGCUCCUCUGGCAGAAGAGCUCAGUCUUUGCCUGGAAAACCGCGGAGUUUGGCGCUGAGGCGUCCCGGGCACGUGACCCCCCCCCACCCCUCCUUCAGCCAGAUUAAUCGCUUCACCGCUGCAGCCCCCGAUUAAACUUUCCAUGCUGUUGCCCGUCCGACGGACAGCACUUUGGAGGUUUGUGUGGACCGUGUUCUCUCCCGCUCGCUCGCCCGUCCGCCGCGCUCCGGCUCUCCACCCUCGGCUCUCCAGGUUCAAAGGGGCUCAGGCGGCCAGUGGAGCUGGCCCGGGUCUCCAGCACGCAUGGAGGGAGACGUUAUGGACAAAGUGGAGGCCACGGCAACGGUCCGCGACUUCGACCCCAUCAGCGGAAGCAUCCCGGCCACCAAAGUGGAGAUAACCGUGUCCUGCAGGAAUCUGUUGGACCGAGACACUUUCUCCAAAUCUGACCCUUUGGUUGUGUUGUACACCCAGGGCGUAGAGACCAAACAGUGGAGAGAGUUUGGGAGAACAGAGGUGAUAGACAACACGCUAAACCCAGACUUUGUCAGGAAGUACAUCCUGGACUACUUCUUCGAGGAGAAGCAGAAUCUGCGCUUUGACGUGUAUGAUAUUGAUUCUAAAAGUCCAGAUCUGGCAAAGCACCCAACCGAAUUUAACGACUUCCUGGGACAGGUCUUCUGUACGCUGGGAGAGAUCGUGGGCUCACCUGCCAGUCGCUUGGAGAAACCGCUCGGUGGUAUACCCGGGAAGAAAUGUGGAACUGUUAUCUUGUCUGCGGAGGAGCUUGGAAACUGCCGAGAUUACGCCACCAUGCAAUUUUGUGCCAACAAACUGGAUAAAAAGGACUUCUUUGGAAAGUCAGACCCCUUCAUGGUCUUCUACAGAAGUAAUGAGGAUGGCACGUUCACUAUCUGCCACAAGACCGAGGUGGUGAAGAACACACUGAACCCUGUGUGGGAGCCCUUCUCCAUCCCUGUCAGAGCGCUCUGCAAUGGAGACUAUGACAGGACAAUCAAGGUGGAGUUGUAUGACUGGGACAGAGAUGGGAGCCAUGAUUUCAUCGGUGAAUUCACCACAAGUUUCAAAGAGCUGUGUCGGGGUCAGAACCAGCUGAAUGUGUAUGAGGUGGUGAAUGCCAAGAAGAAAAUAAAGAAGAAGAGAUACAUCAACUCUGGGACGGUAUCCUUGUUGUCAUUCAGUGUAGAGUCAGAGCACACCUUCCUGGAUUACAUCAGAGGAGGGACUCAGAUUCACUUCACAGUGGCCAUUGAUUUCACAGCAUCAAAUGGAAAUCCAUCACAGUCCACUUCACUACACUACAUGAACCCAUACCAGAUGAAUGCCUAUGCCAUGGCCCUGAAGGCAGUUGGAGAGAUCAUCCAGGACUAUGACAGUGAUAAGAUGUUCCCUGCCCUAGGAUUCGGUGCUAAGCUGCCCCCUGAUUGGAGGGUUUCCCACGAGUUUCCACUGAAUGGCAACGUCGACAACCCGUACUGUAAUGGUAUGGAGGGGAUUCUUGAAGCGUACCAUCAAAGCCUUAAGACAGUUCAGCUGUAUGGGCCCACCAACUUUGCUCCUGUUGUUAAUCAUGUGGCAAGGUAUGCAGCAGCAGUGCAGGACGGAUCUCAGUACUUUGUCCUGCUCAUCAUCACUGAUGGAGUGAUUUCGGACAUGGCUCAGACCAAGGAGGCCAUAGUGAAUGCAGCCAAACUCCCCAUGUCUAUCAUCAUUGUUGGAGUUGGCCAGGCUGAGUUUGAUGCAAUGGUUGAGCUGGAUGGUGAUGAUGUCAGAAUCUCCUCACGGGGGAAGGUGGCAGAGAGAGACAUUGUACAGUUUGUACCAUUCAGAGACUACAUGGACCGCACAGGUAACCAUGUGCUGAGCAUGGCUCGACUGGCUAAAGACGUACUGGCUGAGAUCCCUGACCAACUGAUCUCCUACAUGAAGAGCAGAGCCAUUAAACCCAACCCUGUGCCAGUGUAUUCGCCCAGUGAUGAGCCGCCGACCAACCCCGUGUGAGCCCCUCCCCGCCCACACACACAAAGCUCUGCGUCGGGCAGAGCAAGGUUGAGAUUGAUGGGAACCCGUCUCCACCAACACUUCUUUGAAGCAAAAAUGCUUUUGAGGCCCUUCCGUAAAUAUUAAUCCAGCGUAACACAAAGAUGAUGAGACUCCAUUGUGGUUUGGAGCAGUGAGACUGCAGAGGGGAACCUGCUAUGAUGAGGGAGCUUACUCUCUGAGUGCUUGAGGACCGGAGCGCUGAGAGACCGGUAUGAAAGGAGCUUUCAGUUGUUCACUGUCUAACCUGACAAAAUGGUGAUGUAAUGGAUAGCAAGUGAGCCCAUAAAGAGGGCCUGUUUGAAGGCAUAAAUAUAUUAGGAUGUGCCAGUGUGUAUCAUGCUUGUGAUACCUUUUGGAAUCAAUGUGUGUAAACUAGGAAAUCAUGUGUAUAAUAAUUUAUUUAUUUAUUGCAGGAAUGAUCUGUUCAUUUUAGGGGGUUUUAAAGGGUGGGGUAUUAAAGUCAUAUUUCCCCAGAAGUUUUCCACCUUAUAUUUUGUGACCAGUAUAAUAAAAACGACCCCCAUUUCUACUUUGAUAAGGACUGUAAUAUAAGAGCAUGUGACAAAACCCAUUCAGCAGUUUAUUAAUCAUGUUCACCUAUGAAUAAUCUUUAAUUGCAAGCUAUAAAGUAGAGCACCUCCUGCGAGCUGUUGCUAUAUAGAUAUUUUAGCACCAUGUCUUAUACAUCUUUCUUAUAUUUAUAUUUACAGAAUGCACUAAAUAUUGUCCAAAUAAAAAGCACAAAGGCAAUAGUGGUGAUAAGCUAAAAAAAACCUCUUAUUUUGAAAGGACUAGCCACAAUGACAAUAAUGGAAAGGGCCCUGAAUUUUUUUUGACACUGUCUUUUUUAUUUUAAAAAGGAUUAUCACUACUAUUAUACUGAUAUUUAAAUGAACUUGUAUCUAUCAUAAAAACAAGCACAUACUCACUUUUCCAUGUAGUAUGCAAGGAAACGUAGAUAAAACUAUUCUCAUGCUGCCAUCAUUUUCCAUCUUGCUGCUUCUUUCCAUUAUGUUUGUUGUGGUGACAAUUUAAUAUCUGAGAUUUAGUUCAGUAUUUUUAAAGGAGACUUCAAAUACGAUAUACUUUUGAAAGACUGAUGUCAACUAACAGCCAUUUUUCUCCUCAUUAAAUUUGAUUUGUUUGAUUUUCCCCAGAAUGAAGAUUGAACAAUCAUAAAUCUUGCAACAGAGUAAAAAAUAUAUUUAGGCACUGAGUGUUUUUUUUAAGUGACUGCGCAAAACAAAAACAGACCUUUUUUUUUUUAAUUCCAUCCUGUCUGCUGUCUUCUGUCUCUCGACUGUUCUCAGAUCAUUUUGUUUUAUACUAAUGCACAAUGGCCCAUUUUUAUAACUCAUCGGGAUGCUAUUUAAAUGCUUAAAAACACAAUUGCACAAUUCUGUUUUAAGAUUUAGUUUAAGCUUGUUAAUAUAUCUAUAUAUCUAUAUCUAUAUAUCUAUAUAGAUAUAUAGAUAUAUAUAUAUAUAUCUUUAUGGCGACUGUGUAUAAAUUGUGUAAAAAAAACAAAAAAGACAGUUGUGGCCCAGUUGUGUACAUCAAGUUAUCCAUAUAUAAUGGCCAUUUUCACAUAGUCACUCAAUAUCUUGAUCCAGAUGUGCCUAUUUAUAUGGAAACAUAUCCAAAUUUAGUUACCCAGGUGUGAUUCUGCCAGCAUGUUUUAAGAUGUACACACAGAAAAUGUUGGAGAUGAUAAAACACUUGUGAGAUUAGGACUAUUUCAGCCAAAGGAGCUGGUACACACUGUCUCCGCCACUGCUCUGCACUUUUUUAUACUUACAGCUCUUCACUAAGAAUCUUUGAAGUAAUAAAUGCUACCAGUGUCAUCGAGCCUUGUUGUACAAUAUUCAAAGUCAAGACUUGUUUACAAUUCAGCUGUGGCAUUUACAUGGCCUCAAGGAAAAAGUAAACAUUCAUGGGUUUUAUUAAGAAAUUCCUUUCUGUUUUGUUAGCACAGUGUUUCAAAAUGAUUUCACUCAAUGAAACUGGAGAACUAACGUUUAAAAAGAUUUUUUUUGUGUUGUUCUCUGUGAAUGUGAAUCUCGGUUGUGUUUUCUUUUGUGUUCGGAGUUAAAUGUGUUUGCAUAAUUCAUGUUGCUUUAGAGUUUUUGUUUGUUGUUCUUUGACUCCCAUGGCUGUGUUGCUCUCAGAGAGCAGAAAGAGUCUGAUGAUACUGCAGAAAGUCAGUCCUGAGGUGCUGAACUCCUUCUGUCAUGAGUCCAGCCCCAUAUUUGGGUUUCUUUCCUUUAAACUUUUUCAUUAGUGAUGACAUUUCCCUCUCAGAAGACAAAGCAGGGUUUAAUCUGCUGACCGAUUUCUUGGUUCAUCACAUUUCAAAUUAGGCUGAGUUACAUAAUGGUCAAAAAUACCAGUAUGCCUCUACAGAAAGCUAUUUAACACGAUGAUAAUUUUUUUUUUAUAAAAAACAGAAAAUGUCCUGAUAAGUCUUUUUUUUUUCUUUUACAGAAGUUUAUGGGCAUUUCUAUAAAUGUCAAAUGAUAAAAUUCAGUGUAUGGUUGAAAAUAUGGGAAAACAACCCCCCAAAAUGAAUACGGAUUCUUUGUUUUAAAAUGCUACAUACUGUACUGUAUUUUUCAGUCAAUCUAAGGGAAACAAUUUGUACUGAACACAUUUAUCAUAAGAUGAAGUAUGAACUCAAUAACUUAUAAAUAUAAGUAAUAUAAAUAUAUGCAGGCCUGCACUGCUUUUUGAAAUGCUUCAUUCAGUAUUUAAUGAUGACUCAAAAACAUUGUAUGUGACACACAAAACAAACGCUAAACGAGAACAACCAUCGCAUUUGCAGGACAAUGAAAAAAGCAUAAUGUAAAAAUCCAAAGAAUUGGGAUUUGUAAUAAAUCUUUAAAAACAUUAGAAAUGCUUUAUGUAUGACGAUGUUCUUCCAAAGUUUCUUUCAGAUUGUCCCACUCAUUAAGGAGGGAAUAGGAUACGUGCAAACAUAAUACAUACAUAUACUGUGCUCGUUAAACCUGAAACGCAUGCAAAUUUCCAAACUUUGUCUGUGGAGUUUUAAAUAAUAAUUUUUAAAAAGUAGCACUGCUGUUUUUCUGAUAUGAUAAUAACAAAUUCCCCCAGUGAAAUCAGAAACUUCAAUCCUUAGUAAUAUAGGAAAAAAAGCUAAAUAAUCAAUAACACCUCUGACACCUCUGAAUUUUAUUGCUCAGUAUAAAUGAUGUCUUUUGCAGCAACAGAAUUAUUCCGUUUCUCUUGGUGGAAAUGGCUUUGUUUCUUUUUUCCACUUCCUUUCAAAUUCUGUUUGAGGCUGAACUCUAAUUAUGUACAUAGGCCCCGCAUAAAGAACAUUCAGUGCCAACGUGUGUUCAGUAGUUGAACUUGGCCUCUUUAGAAAAUGUGCAUGUUUGUGCCAAAGUGGCAGGAAGUUUGGUAGUUUGCCAUCAUUUCACCUGAUUAGUGCAUCUGCCAGUGCGUCAUUAUCGUUACUUAGGAUGUAUUUGGAGAUAAACGGCCCCAUCCAGCAUGUUGCAUCUAUUGUUUCUUUCAUUCUGUUCCUAUGAGACACAUACUGUAUGGGUUCUUCUUGCCACUACUCCUGUUUUAUCCCAGGUUGUUUACAUACCUCUCUUGGUCUUUGACUUGCAUGCUGAAUAUUUCCAAACCAGGUGUUGGACAUGAUAUUGUCGUCAUACUGUGGUUUGUGAAAUGCUUUGUAAUGGAUUGCCUUAAGAUGAAUAAAAUAUUGACAACUUUGGCAGAAUA